AUGGGUAAAUUAUCUAAAACUCACAAAUAUUGUAAAAAAGCGCAUCUCGUCAAAAUAUCUAAAUCUGAUAAACUAUUAUCUCCAAUUAAUCAAUUUAAUCAAUGCCAAAUUCCCACAUGUAAUUUUUAUAUUUAUCGUCAAAAAAAUAUUCAACCGGUUAUGAUUGAAAAUAAUUCAAUCGACCUAAGCAUAAACAAUUCAAUCGACCUAAGUGAAAACUAUUCAAUCGAUCUAAGUGAAAGCAAUUCAAUUGACCUAAGUGAAAACCAUUCAAUCGAUCUAAGCGAAAACAAUUCAAUCGACCUAAGUGAAAACAAUUCAAUCAACCUAACUGAAAUUGAAAAUAUAGUUAAUCAACAACAAAUAUCAACUUCUCAAUUAAAUAUCUCUAAAACAGAAAAAAUAAAAAAGGAUAUAAUAACAAAAAUCAAUUAUUUGUCAGAAAAAGAACUAUUAGAUAGUCUUCAAUUAUUUAGUAAUAUGAGGUAUAAAGACGGGCCAAAUAAAGGGAAAAUUUUGUCUUCUUAUUUGCAAGAAAAAGCUACGGA